AUGCUUUUCAGUUCUCUAAACCACUUUCGAAUAAAAGAACGAGGGCCUGCAGAAUACCUAACAAUAUUGAAUACUACAACUACUCUUCUUCCUGCUUCUUCUUCUCCUUCUUCUGCUUCUUCGACUACUACUACUACUGAAUCAUCUUUCCAAUUCGAUCGUUCUUCAUCAACUGGUUGGAUUCAAUUAGAUUCUAAAAUAGUACCAUUUAUAAAAAACCACUGCGAUCGUUUACUUCCAGUCGAAUAUCUUUUGAAAGAACAUAUAAUCACUUCAUCAGAAGACUUUUCUUUACGUUCAUUAUAUAUUCCAGUAAAUAAUGAUGAUAUUCAUACAUUUAAUAGUUUAAUUCAACAAUCAUCAUCAUCGAAUUUUACAUUAACAAACCAUUCAUGGCUAAUUACACUUGAUCACUUAAUAUUUCGUUUAAAACGAUUGUUUUUUAUUCGUUUCAUCUCAUCACCAACUAAUGUUGAUUAUAUUGAUUAUAAUCAAGUUGUGUCAUUUAAUGGUGGUCUAUUAACAUUGAAUAACAGUGAAAAACAACAUAUCCCAUUUAUUUAUAUAAAUAAACGAAAAUAUAUUCCACAAAUAAAUUCUAUGAAUUUUUCAUCAGUAUCUACUUUUUGUAUGGCAAAUAAAUAUGAAUUAGAAUAUUUACGUUUGAUAACAUUAUAUGAUUAUUUAUCAACCGAUGAACAAAAUGAUUAUAGCAUAAGUUUAUUCUCAACAAAUAAUUUAACAUUAAUACCAAUUGAUGGUUAUUAUGAAGAAAAAAUUCUAACAAUAAUAUCAUUAAACGAUUUUCAAUAUCAUGAAUGUCAAAGACGCUUAAAACAACAAAAAUCUCUUAUUUAUUUAGAAGAUAAUCAACCACUAUCAAGUGGAUGGUGGCAACCUCCGGUUUCAUCAUCAAAACAAAAAAGUCUAUCACAAUUCAAAUUGCAACGGCCUAUUUUUUUUUAA